GGUAUAAAUUAUACAUUCAGUUAUAAGUGCAUUCCUCAUGAAUUAAUUGUCAAUUAAAAAAAAUAGAUAAAGUUCUUAUAUUAAAUUAACAUGUCUUGGAAUUCAAAGACUUGGGCUUGGGUUAAAAAAUACUUUUCUGUUAAUCCUUUAUCUACUGACGGUAUGCCAGUUGUUGGCAAAUUCCGUACACCUGCUGUAGGUUCUCGCCCUGAAAAAUACACAUAUCCUAAAUCAUCAGCUUCAAAUUUGAGUAACAACUAUUAUUUCCAAAGAGAUACUCGUAGAAAUUAUCCUAGAUUAGCUGUCUAUACUCAACAAGAUGUUGCUCUUUUACUUGAAGGUGCACCUGUUAAGCCCGAACUUUCCGCUGAAACAGCAGUUAAACAAACAACUACUACUACAGUCGAGACUAAACCUCUUAACGAAAUUUUAAAUUCUCAAAUACUUUAUACAACAGAAAAGCUUGCACCUGCUCCUAGAUUUGGCCAACAAGUUAAAUGGAAAGUAUCAGAAGAUUUUAUUCCUCCUAAUGAUGGUUCUUACUUCCCUAUGAGAGUUUAUACUACUUAAAAAUUCAUGAACAGUUAAUUUAUACAUGGAAAUAAAGAAAGGAAAAAAAAAA